AUGCGGUACUGUGUCAGGUCUGGCUCCUUCCUUCGGUUUAUCUCAUCUCCCUCACGUCUCUUCGCAUCCAUUGACCAAGCGCCGCCGGCAGGGCAUCCAUCGACCGACCGCCGCCCUCGACCAACCGCCGACAUCGCUGUUUGCCUUUCACCACGCGCCGCAGCCCUCGACCAAGCGCCGGUGUCGCCGCGGCCGCCGUCCUCGACCAAGCGCCGGUGCCGCCGUCGCCGCCGCCGCCCUCGACCAAGCGCCGGUGUCGCCGCGGCCGCCGUGCUCGACCAAGUGCCCGUGUCGUCGCUGCCGACCAAGGCUAACCGCUGCCAUUCCCGUUUGCCCUUCACCAAGCGCUGCCGCUGGCAUCCGCCAAGGAUCAUGCAGUCAUCUCAUGCAAGUUCACCAAACAUCCAUCUGCGUUCAUGCUUGCAUCAAUUCAGCCAGGCCACACUCAGCCAGGACCCCCCAUACGAUGCAGCCUAAAGCUAACCAGGGAACCAAACAUGCCCCUAUUGUUUGCGUGGUACGUGCUUGUUUAGACAAGUACCAGUAUGUUGUUAGUUUUGUCAAUGCCAUGCUAAUUAUCUACUUAUGGAUUAAAUUAGUUGAAAAAUUGCCUAUUUACUUAGCAAUCCAAAAACCUAUUAUGUGUAGGAAUUUUUCGGCAGGUGGCUUUGCCGCGGCACUGAAACCGGAUAAGUUUGCCGGUACGUAUUUUAAGCAUUGGCAGACAAAGACUACUUUAUGGCUCACGGCUAUGAACGUGUUCUGGGUGACCGAUGUGUCCACGGGAUCGAUUGCUCCUGAACAGGAGAAGGCGUUCAGGGAGGCAACCACUGUGUUUCUCGGAGCAGUUC